GGCUCGGGCUCCUCCUCCGCCCGCCUCCUGCCCCCGCCCCGGUGCCUUCCCAGCCUGCUCUCCGGGUAAACAGCGAUGGCCGCCGAGGACCGAGGCGGAGAGCCCCGAGAUAACAUGGGGAACCACCUCCAGCUGGUGCCCGUAGAGAGUGAGGAAGAGGAUGACAAUGAAAUGGAAGUGGAAGACCAAGAUAGUAAAGAAGCUGAGAAGCCAAACAUCAUUAAUUUUGAUACCAGUUUGCCCACAUCACAUACGUACCUGGGCUCGGACAUGGAGGAGUUCCACGGCAGGACGGUGCACGACGACGACAGCUGCCAGGUGAUCCCCGUGCUGCCCCGGGUCAUGGUGAUGCUGAUCCCCGGCCAGACGCUGCCGCUGCAGCUCUUCCGCCCCCAAGAGGUUAGCAUGGUGCGGAAUUUAAUUCAGAAAGACAGAACCUUUGCUGUCCUUGCAUACAGUAAUGCACAUGAGAGGGAAGCACAUUUUGGAACGACAGCAGAAAUCUAUGCCUACAGAGAAGAGCAGGAAUAUGGAGUUGAAACAGUCAAGGUGAAAGCAAUAGGAAGACAGAGGUUCAAGGUGCUUGAAAUACGAACACAGUCAGAUGGCAUCCAGCAGGCUAAAGUACAAAUCCUGCCUGAGCGAGUGCUGCCUCCCACCAUGUCAGCAGUGCAGCUGCAGUCUCUCAGCAGGUCCCACGUGCUCCCCUCUUCCAAACCCACUUCCUGGCAGGACAGAGCCAUCAGGCAGUGGUGGCAGAAGUACCAGAAGAGGAAGUUCCACUGUGCAAGUUUGACAUCUUGGCCCCCCUGGCUCUACUCUCUCUAUGAUGCUGAAACCUUGAUGGAGAGAGUCAAGAGGCAGCUCCAUGAGUGGGAUGAAAACCUUAAAGAUGAAUCUCUUCCAUCAAACCCAGUAGAUUUUUCUUACAGAGUUGCUGCCUGCCUGCCCAUUGAUGAUGCUUUACGUAUCCAGUUGCUCAAAAUAGGCAGUGCUGUGCAGAGGCUCCGCUGUGAGCUGGAUAUCAUGAACAAAUGCACAUCUCUCUGUUGUAAGCAAUGCCAAGACACAGAAAUAACUACCAAGAAUGAAAUAUUCAGCUUAUCCCUGUGUGGGCCCAUGGCAGCCUAUGUGAAUCCCCAUGGAUACAUCCAUGAAACCCUCACUGUAUAUAAAGCCACCAACCUGAGUCUCAGUGGACGCCCCUCCACAGAGCACAGCUGGUUCCCUGGGUACGCCUGGACCAUCGCUCAGUGCAGGAUCUGCGGCAGCCACAUGGGCUGGAAGUUCACGGCCACCAGGAAGGAGCUGUGCCCUCCCCGGUUCUGGGGGCUGACGCGCUCGGCGCUGCUGCCCCGCAUGCCCGAGGACGCCGAGGACUCGGAGCGCGGCCGCUCGCCGCUGCUGUGCCUGUGACGCCCCGGGGAUCCCGCUCAGUGCCGCUCCUGCUUCCUCAGCCGGGAACCCCGGGAGCCACGCCGGCACCCCAGGGAGCCGUCCCGUGCUGUUCCUGCAGAGGGGGUGCCAGGAGACACCAGGAGUGAAGGUCCACCAGGAAAUCCACGUGGACGCACCUUGAGACUGGACUCGUGUAAUUCCCACUCGCGGUGAAGGAAGGGGGAUGGAAACUAAAACCAAACUAAAAUCCCAAUAAGCAGAGUCUGAUUGCUGCGGUAUUCCUGGGAUGCUGGAUAGCAGCCACCUGCUGUGGAGUGUUGGCCUAACACACUUACACGUGGUUUGCUGAGAAUCCCUGUUUCUCGCUCUCUAAGUCCUUCAGGUUUGCUGCUUGUGCUGUUUGUCAGCUUUUUUGCUGAAUAACUGUGGAAGAGGGAAGCAGCCUGAGCGUUUCUGAGUGCUGGAAUGUGCAGAAGCUGGAAUUGCAGCUGCCUCCCAGGAUGGACCCCAUGGGGAAGUGUCUGUUCCUUACAAGCUGUCUCAUCUGUUUAGUCCAUUUGACUUUAGAAGUCUUAAAUUUUAAACUGUUGAUAGGAAGUGCACAGGACAGAGGGUAAACAGCAUUGUCAAUCACUUCCCCAAAUUAUUCCUGGUUAAUUUACCAGUGGAGGUGUCCAGGGGUUUGGGACGGACUCUGUAGCACCCCACUGAGGUGAUUUUUAAAUAGUACUUCUUGUGACAAAGGGAAGGAAAAAUCUCUUUUAAUUAUUACAUUAUUAUUGUACAUUUAAGAUCAUAAAGUAAAAUUUCACAUUAUCACCUUAUAAAGAGCAAAAGUUUCCAAAUAAAAUAGGAAUACAGGCAGUGCUUUUUUCUGGGGAGGUUUCUUCAUUUUUAGUUUGGUCUUUAUUUUGUCUGUGCUCCACAAAUUGGGUGCCAAUCUGGGGCAGGUUUUGAUUUAUUGUUUGUUUUUUCUCCUCUCAGAAUGCACUUUGGUGAUGGCAAUGGAGAUUUUUUUAGUGCUUGUGCACAUAAACACUUAUUUUUCUUGUGAAGCUUAUAUCAUUCACUCUCUAUUUCUUCACAGUGAUGUUAAAUUAGUCAAGUCUAAGACAUGAGGCACUGGUUGCUUGUUCUCUGUCAGGCUCCAGGCAGGUGUAGCAAGGACAGAUCACUUCAGCUGAGGGCCAAGGCCAAGCCUGGCACACCAGGAGCUGAUUCCCAUGGCAGUGUGGUACCUCCAGCUGGAAAAACACCCCAAACCAUGGAUUGCUGCUGGGUAUUUGUCAUGCCAGGUAUGUAGAGUUUAAUUGUGUAACUCAGGUUUAGUUCUUUGAAACUUUCUACCUCUGUGCUGCUUCUGUUCUUCUUAGACACCUUUAAUUCCGUGCUCAGUUCCACGUGCAGUGCCCUGACGUGGCAGUGAACUGUGAAAAGCAAUAUUUGGGAUGUGGCUCUGAGCAAACAAAGGAUGAUGAUGGCUUAUUUUCAUCCAGAAAACACUCUGGGUGUUGAUAAUGAUUCAUUGUAAGCUUGGAAAGCCAGGCACUGGUGUGAGAGGGAGACUGCAUGCUCUGUGUUUGUGAAUCCACUGGAACCAGGCCUGGCUUUCCCUCACCCAACACAUCUGGGCUGGAUAUUUGGAUUUUUCUUUUUUUUUCCCCUCAAAGUCCCUCCUGUCUGUUGCUCCUGUGGCCCUCAGUGGGGCUUGGUGGUGGCAGGAAGUUGGAGGGUGCUGCCAGCACCUUCUGCUGCCUUGGUGUGAGCAUUCACUGGGGGCUGGCAAGGGCAAUUUCAAAAGGAUUUUCUCAGCUGUCACUGAACUUCCAAAGGUUCAGUUCUUCGGGGUUUUGGCUGAGUCUUUUGGAUUCUCAAUUAAAAAUGGCAGUGUUUGAAUCCAGAAUAAGCAUUUUUUUGGUGUUUUGUGUGUAUAGUCAAAUGUAAACUAACAUAAUCGAGGUAAGUCAGGAGUAAAUUAACACUAAUUACAUUUCAUUGUUGAUGAUGCUGUUCCUUGUGCUAAAUCUGUGUUUGCUAUACUGAGUCCAUGACAGUUCCCAGGUUGAGUCCUGUGGUGGUGAAUCCAGUCCUUCCUGGGAGCAUCCAGCACUCCAGGGUGUGAGCUGGGGAUGGUUCCUUACACUGCUUCAUAUUUUCCAUGCUUUUCUCUGUUUUGGAGAGAAAACUGUUGGUGGGAAUUAGGGGAAAAUUUGGAACAUCAUUAUGGAAAAACAGACAGCAACUGCUCAGAGAGGUAAUCAAAGGAAACCAGAUUUGAUGAAUAUUUACAUUUACCCCCUUGAUUGGCUGAGUUACUUCCUGCAGGAAUUAAUUACCCCAGUGGUCAGACUGAGGGAUCACAGGAUUUACAGCACUCACUCAUUGGCAAGCCACCACUGCAGCAUCACCAACACCCCAAUCACAGCCUGUAACUUUGCAAGUUUUCAUUUAUUUUAGGUUCAUUUUGACAAAUAGGUAGAAUCACUUGUACACUGGGUUUAAAAUAUUUCAGAUACUCAUUUGUUUUUUAUUAAUGCUCUUUUUGGAUGCGUUGCAGUUCAUUUGUUCCUCUCUUUGUCACCUUUAAUUGCUCUGUGAACUGCUCCAGGGGUAGCCCAGUCUCUGCUUUAACUCUUCCUUCUCUCUGCCUUUUGGGACAACUUUUCUGACAAAUCUUGUGGCUUGCAAAUAUUUGCAAAGAAUAAAAUUCAAUUUGUUUCAAAACUCA